GUGUAGUGUUGUGGCUGUUCAGUGUCUAUGUCAAUUUUAGAGUGAUUUCGCUUAACAAGAACGAAGUAACUGCCAUGGUCGUCGAUCACGGUGCCGCGACGGAUCGAGCAAAAUAGUCCUGCGUUCACGAACGUUCGUAUCACAAGAGGAUCGACGUUAAUACGGUUUUUUGGUUUGUCGCGGGAACCGUACACAGCGGUGAGAGCACGCAGAGAGUGUCGUCUUCCCAGCAAGAAAAUUCUCUCCCGGCUCGCUGCGAGGACGGGUUUGCUCGCGGGACCGAUUCCUCACGCGAUCGUGAUUCAUUAGGUUUGCGUGGCCGCGACACGUGAAAGCGGAAACGUGCACGACGUGCAGUUUUCCCGCGCGUCUCGUGAGGUUUUCUUGGCGCAAGAAUCAAGGCUUAUGCAACGAAGAGCGCAUAAACAUCUAUUACGGUAAACAAUCUCGUCCCGUCAACCGAGCUCCAAGGCAUGCGAGUUACGCGACCGCUCGUCAGUGUUCGUACUAUUAGGAUUGAUAGUGACAAAACUCUCGAUAUCGUGGGAGCUCAUUAAAAGGAAGGUAUUUCACGAUUAACAGAGAGAGAGAGAGAGAGAGAGAGAGACAGACAGACAGACAGACAGACAGAGAACAAUAAGUUGAAGGCACAUACACUGAUGAAGUCUGUCAGUAACUGUUGUUAGAAGCAAACACAGAUUUCCUUAUGGCGUUUUUCUUGAUACAGACUGCUGGUAUUGUAGAUUUGUUUGAACUGUUGCGCAAGAGCAAUCGAAUGCAAGAGGUAAAAUCUUAAGAAGAUCGUAUAUAUGCUCAACACUUGUCUGUGUCCCGUACAAUAGAUAUUGUAAUAAGAAGCCUUAAUGGGUUACAAGAGAGCAAUUGACAGAUCGAUAUAUGCGGAUUGUUGUGCGUUCAAGCAUUCACUGGAAAGUUGAGAUACUACCUGUAAGAUUAGUUUAGAAAGCCAAAGAGUAGGUGAGAGGUAAAAGGGAUGCGAGGUUGUUGGUGAUAUUAUAGGACUGUGUGCAUAAGUUAGUUUUACAAUAUGACAGAUACACGCAGAAGAGUAAAGCUGUACGCUCUAAAUGCAGACAGACAAUGGGAUGAUCGUGGCACAGGUCAUGUAUCCUCUUCUUAUGUAGAUAGAUUGAAAGGAAUUUCACUUUUGGUCAGAGCUGAGAGUGAUGGUUCUGUUUUAUUGGAAAGUAGAAUACAGCCUGACACUGCAUAUCAGAAACAACAGGAUACACUAAUUGUUUGGUCAGAAGGAGACAAUUUUGAUUUAGCCUUAAGUUUCCAAGAGAAGGCUGGCUGUGAUGAGAUUUGGGAGAAGAUCUGUCAAGUUCAGGGAAAAGAUCCAUCUGUUGAAAUCACCCAAGAUAUUGUUGAAGAAUCAGAAGAUGAGCGGUUCGAUGAUAUGUCAGAUACUGCACCUCCUAUAGAACUGCCCCCUUGUGAACUGAGUCGGUUGGAAGACAUUAAUGAAUUAAUAGGAAAUUGUUUAUCCUCUCAGAUGAGAAAAGAUAAGUUGGCAUUAGCUUUAGAAUCAGAGGGUUAUAUCAAGAAGCUGUUGAACUUGUUUCAUACAUGCGAAGAUUUGGAGAACAUUGAAGGAUUGCAUCAUCUCUACGACAUAUUUAAGAAUAUUUUCUUACUGAAUAAGAACACUUUAUUCGAAGUUAUGUUUAGCGAUGAUACGAUUUUUGAUGUUGUUGGAUGCCUGGAGUACGAGCCGACAUUACCUCAGCCAAAGAGGCAUAGAGAAUACCUGCGACAAUUAGCUAGAUUUAAACAGGCGAUUCCUAUCACAAACGCUGAACUACUAGCUAAAAUUCAUCAGACGUAUCGAGUUCAAUACAUUCAGGAUGUAGUACUACCAACUCCGAGCGUAUUCGAGGAUAACAUGUUGAACACAUUGAGUAGCUUUAUAUUUUUUAAUAAGGUUGAAAUAGUGACCCUAAUACAGGACGACGAGAAAUUCCUUACUGAACUGUUCCGCCAGUUAACGGACGAAGCAACAUCGGAUAGUAAAAGACGCGAUCUAGUUCUUUUCUUAAAAGAAUUUUGUAACUUUUCUCAGAAUCUUCAGCCGCAAGGAAAGGAGGCCUUUUAUAAAACUUUAACAAACCUUGGCAUUUUACCCGCGCUAGAAAUCACUCUGGCGAUGAACGAUGCCCAAACGAAAACAGCCAGUAUAGAUAUAUUGACAUAUAUAGUGGAGUAUUCUCCGAGCGUUGUUCGAGAUUAUACAUUGCAACAAAUAAAUAAUACAGAACAGGACCAAAUGUUAAUAAACGUAAUAGUUGCUCAACUCGUCGGAGACAGCGAUCCAGAGUUGGGCGGAGCAGUACAAUUAGCUGGUGUAUUGCGCCUGCUCCUCGAUCCAGAGAACAUGUUGGCUUCCGUAAACAAAUCAGAAAAGACUGAUUUCUUGAACUACUUUUACAAAAAUAGUAUUGGAACAUUGAUAGCGCCGCUGUUAGCGAACACGAUUGGAGACCGACCAGCCAGGGAAGAUUACAGAACCGUACAGCUUUUAGGAUUGAUUUUAGAGUUACUGUCAUUCUGCGUAGAGCAUCAUACAUACCACAUCAAGAAUUGCAUAUUGAAUAAGGAUCUGCUCAAACGGAUACUGGUUUUAAUGAAAUCAACUCAUACGUUUCUAGUACUGUGUGCGUUAAGGUUUAUGAGAAAGAUUGUAGCCUUGAAAGACGAAUUUUACAAUAGAUACAUCAUCAAGGGAAACUUAUUUGCGCCUGUAUUCGAUGCAUUUGUAAGGAAUAAUGGUAGAUAUAAUCUAUUAGAUUCAGCUAUUCUUGAAAUGUUUGAGUUCAUUAAAUUGGAGGAUAUUAAAUCCUUAUGUUCGCACGUUGUCGAGAAUUUCUCGAAAGAGCUGGAAGCAAUUGAUUAUGUACAAACGUUUAAAGCUCUGAAACUAAGGUACGAGCAGCAGCAGGACAAGUUAAAAGAUCGAGACAGGGCAGCUCUUGACAGUGUUCCAUCCAUAUUGAGAAAUAGUCGCUACAGAAGGGACCAGAGACAGUUAGACGAAGAAGAGGAAAUGUGGUUCAACGAAGAGGAAGACUUUGAUGAGGGUGAGGCGGUCGUACCCGCAGCAGCAGCAGAUCUUGUGCCUCCGGCUUCUGCUAAGAAACAAUCGUCAACUUCAAAUUCUGCACUUAAUCCUGCUCUUGCAGAUUCGAAAAGCCAUCAUCAGCAGCAGCAACAACAGCAGUCUGUAUUGAACAACAAUACUGCUAACAAUAACGUUACCUCCCAGCAAUCACAAAUCAAUAACAGUACAACGGCAACGAAUGAAUCUCCGAUCACCUCGGAAAUCAAUCCAAAUUCGGCUAUUGGCACGGUGGAGAAAACUGGUACUGCAUUAUUUAAAAAGGGUUUAGUCGAUUACGAGGGGGAUUCAGACGAAGAGGAUGAGGACACGGAGGUGACACCUUCUCCGAAACGACAAAGAUUGUCAUAGUAGGCAAACCAGAAAAGAACAGGGAAUUUGUGAUUAUUGAAUCGUUACUACCAUUUCUGGCCCUCCUACAUGCACAAAGGACUCGAUCUGGAGAUCGUACAAUCAAACUUUUUUUUGUUUAACAGAAAGGAGAGCCGUUCUUCUUAAGUGAGUGGGACACCCAGGAAAGUUAUGGACGUGUUUAUAUAAAUGAAGUGGUGGAAAGAAAAAUUGACGUACCUCUUUGUGUUGGGUUGUGUAUAUUACAAAUGUAGGGCAUCGAUAUCGAACCUCGCAGGUGGGUGAAAGGGUCUAAGAAAUGGGACGUAUGUAAUUGGAAAAAAAAAGCAAAAAAAAACGAAUGAUGAACCAACGCGAUACAAAGGAAGAGAGAACUUUCUUUACGGAGAACAUACGAAGGUAAAAAACUUGUGGCAUAAUACUGUGUGACCACAUAAGUGUUAACAGUAAAAAAAAAAGAUUUUAAAAAAUCAAAUAGUCCAUUCCGCGUUGUCUGGAAAACACCCCAUUGUACUAGGAGAAAUUAUUUCAUGAUUAUAGGCUAAGAAACUCUAGCCAGGCCUAGUGGUUCUUACGAGUACAGAGAGUUCUAAGCGUGUGCUUAGUAUCGUGUAAUAAUUCAAGAAGUUGUGACUGUAUGUCAUAUAUGCAUCUAUUAAGGAAAAGAAACUUACUAUGUAAAAACAACAGAAAAUUCACAUGUAAAAGUACAUGAUGUACCGCACAAAAAACAACUGAGUGUUUUGUUUCGCCAUCCAUCAGUUUCUUAUACGUGUGAUGGGCAAUUGAAGGAGACCUGUCCUUGAUAAAAGUGGGUCAGACAUCAUGAAACUUUUUCCAAUUUAAAACAGAAGUAGUAUUUAGUUUGUAUAUAUAUGUAUAUUUGUAACGAUUGUAAAACAACCAUUCGUGGGUUAAGCAGAGAAUAAUGCGAUUCCUUUACUACAUUCAGUUCCCUUUUAAGGUUCUUUGAACGAGCUUUUCGGUUGUCAAUGUAAGUAGUAGAAAUUGUACAAUAAACAUUUGAUUUGUGUAUA